CGUCGUUGCUGAAGAAUUCAUAGUCUAGGCAAAUAGCGGGAAAUACCCGCUCGAGCAACAAUAUUAGUGGACAAAUUAUGAACCGCUAGUCGCCACUGAGUUCAGACAUAACACAGUCGGUAUAUUCGCGUCGAUUUUACCAGGUCAUCGACAACGAAUUCACAAUUACCAAAAUAACGAAUGAUAUGGAACAAUUAUUGGUGAUCAGUUAUUACGAAAACUGUAGUGUUACCUCGUACUUUGAAUAAUACGGAUUUGGCAAUACAUUCUGUGAACACGAAUUAUUUUAUUCAAAUUCGGUGCCGACCACGUCAGCGAUUGAAACACGCGGGAAUGUUUGCUCGUACCGUCAGUGGAUGUAUUUCAAGAUUAUUUUAUCUAGAAUUAAUCGUACAUCAGAAAAUUCAAGAGAAAUAUUUCACUCAUUAUAUCAGUGAGUUGUUAACUAGGAGCCAAUGAAGAUCGAAAGAGAUUCCUCUCUCUAAAACAAUCGCAUUGCGUUCCUCCCCUGAGACCUGAUCGUUGUGCGCUUUCACACUUCUCGAUAUUUUAUCACGAAGAUAGUACAAUUUUCUGUUCGCGACAGAAAAAUUAAGUGUCAAAAUUUUUCAAAGGGUACAAUACCAGAAUGUCUAACUUUUUUAGUUGCCCUCGAUCAAUUUCCGUGGUCUGGUACUUAUUUUUAUUUUCAUGCACCGUGAGUGCGCAAGAACGGUGUGAUCUGAUCGAGUCCUCGGUAAUUGUGACGAAAGAUCUUACGCCGGGCUGUGCCUUUCAACUCGAUAUCCGCAUCUGUGAAGGACGUUGCAAAAGUUGGACGACCCCAGCCUCACCUGAUGAACUUCUGACGAAUCCAGAACAAGCAUUCGUUUCUCGGUCACGGUGCUGCGCCAUGGUGAAAUCCGAGAUUAUCAGCGAAAACGUGCUGUGCGGCACGGAACUUCAGAACAUCACGGUAAAAUCGGCAACAUUGUGUCGAUGCGAACCACAUACCUGCGGCAAGGAUAAUUAAUGACGUGAGCUUAUUCUCUGUAUUCGCACAACUAUUGUACGCCCCUAUUACCCCACGUUAUUCCUCACGACUUCUAAUUAUUUUUCUACGAUAACAGAUGCUUCCUUAAUUAUUCCAACUUUUCACAGAUGUGAUUCUCAAUUGUGAACAUUGAAAACAUGGGUGUUACACGUGUAUCGCAUCAUUAUCAUGUUCAUUUGCUAGAGGAUAUCAGACGUCGUGACGCUACGUCUUGUUUUGCUUUAAUAUUAAUCAACUAACGACUUCUGCUACGAAAUAAUAAAAUAAUAAUUACCUACGUA